AUGGGAAAAUCUAAUUCCAACAAGCCUCCACAAGACGUACAAGACAUCGACCUCCUCAAAUCCGAAAUAGCUUCUUUUGCCUCUUCUAUCGGUUUAGCCUCUUCCGUAUCCAAUUCAGGUUUCAACGAUGUCGAUUUUCGCAAAACCAAAUCAAACAAACCACCUAAGAAACAAAAACAACAAGAGAAAACACUUGAUAAAUCUGCACCUCAAAAUAACCAGAAGCCGAUAAACAAAACGUUUAGCAAAAAGAAUGAACCCAAUGAGAAAUCCAAAUUGAAACCCGAACCGAAACCGAAACCCGAACUAAAACCGAAACCUCCUGUUCUGUCAUUGAAUGAUGCUAGUAAGGAAAAAGGGUUUAACAAGUUCAAGAAUCUUCCAAAGCUUCCUUUGAUUAAAGCGAGUGCAUUAGGUGUGUGGUUUGAGGAUGCGGCUGAGCUUGAAGGUAAGGUGAUUGGGGAAGGGAAGAAGGUGGAGAUGAAGAAUUUGGAAGAGUGGAAAGGGUUUGCGGAGAAAAAGAGGGAGAUGGGUGAGAGGUUGAUGGUGCAAUUAGCUCAGGAUUAUGAAUCAACUAGAGGACGUAGUAGUGAUAUUAAGAUGUUGAUUUCUACUCAGAGGUCUGGUACUGCUGCUGAUAAAGUCUCUGCUUUUUCUGUCUUGAUUGGGGAUAAUCCAGUUGCAAACUUGAGGUCUCUUGAUGCUCUUUUGGGAAUGGUGACAUCCAAGGUUGGAAAGCGCCAUGCCUUGUCAGGUUUUGAAGCACUUCAAGAAUUAUUUAUUGCAAGCUUAUUGCCAGAUCGUAAAUUGAAGACCCUGAUACAACGACCACUAAAUCACCUUCCUGAAACUAAAGAUGGCUACUCCCUUCUACUUUUCUGGUAUUGGGAGGAAUGUUUGAAGCAGAGAUACGAACGGUUUGUUGUUGCACUUGAAGAAGCAUCUCGAGACAUGCUACCUGCUCUGAAAAACAAGUCAUUAAAGACCAUAUAUGUGCUACUGAGUAGGAAAUCAGAGCAAGAGCGCAGACUACUUUCUGCACUUGUUAAUAAGCUUGGGGAUCCAGACAACAAGGCAGCAUCUAAUGCAGACUAUCACUUGACCAACCUUUUGUCUCAGCACCCAAAUAUGAAGGCUGUGGUUGUUAAUGAGGUGGAUACUUUUCUCUUUCGGCCUAAAUUAGGACCACGUUCACAGUACCACGCCGUUAAUUUCUUGAGCCAAAUUCGCCUCACCAAUAAAGGAGAUGGGCCAAAAGUGGCGAAACGUCUGAUUGACGUAUAUUUUGGACUGUUUAAGGUUUUGAUCACUGGCCAAAGCAGCAAUGAGAAAGUCGAUAAAAGCGGUAAGGAAAAUCCAAAAGAGAAAAAAUCAGAAGCGACUUCAGAAUCACAAGUGGAAAUGGAUUCCAGGCUCCUAUCAGCUCUCUUAACCGGAGUGAAUAGAGCAUUUCCUUUUGUCUCGAGUAAUGAAGCUGAUGACGUCGUUGAUGUUCAAACACCAGUACUUUUUCAAUUGGUUCAUUCAAAAAAUUUCAAUGUAGGAGUUCAAGCACUGAUGCUUCUUGAUAAAAUUUCAUCCAAGAAUCAGAUAGCCAGUGAUCGAUUUUACCGUGCUUUAUACUCCAAACUCCUGCUUCCAGCUGUCAUGAAUACAUCCAAGGCAGAAAUGUUUAUUGCACUUAUUCUAAGAGCCAUGAAAAGGGAUGUUAACAUAAAGCGCGUAGCUGCAUUUUCUAAACGUUUACUGCAGGUUGCACUUCAGCAGCCACCACAAUAUGCCUGUGCAUGCCUUUUCCUUCUUUCUGAACUCUUUAAAGCAAGGCCACCUUUAUGGAACACGGCGUUGCAAAAUGAGUCUUUUGAUGAUGAUGAGCUUGAACACUUUGAAGAUGUUAUAGAAGAGACUGAUAAAGAACCUGUAACUGUAUCAGAUAAGAAAAGUGAUGAACCUGUAACUGUAUCUGAUAAAAAAAGUGAUGAUAUUGUACCUGAUCAGAAUGGCGAGGUUGCCCAUUCUGACACAGAUUCUUCUGGAAGUGAUGAUGAUGAUCAACCAGCAUCUUCUGAAGAUGAUGAUGAUUUUGAUGAUGCUUUAGAGGAUGAAGGUUUUUCUCUUGCAAAGAGUAAAAAGAACCAUAACAAUUCAAAGUCUGAAUCUGAUAAUGAAGAUCAGAAAGUGCAGGAAUCUACCAAGAAGCCUUUAUUGCCUGGAGGCUAUGAUCCACGACACCGAGAGCCGUCUUAUUGCAAUGCAGACCGUGUAAGCUGGUGGGAGUUAUUGGUUCUUGCUUCACAUGCACAUCCUUCAGUUGCAACCAUGGCAAGAACUCUUCUUUCCGGCGCAAACAUUGUCUAUAACGGAAACCCGUUAAAUGACCUGUCAUUAACAGCUUUCCUAGACAAAUUCAUGGAGAAAAAACCAAAACAAAACACUUGGCAUGGUGGUUCUCAGAUUGAACCUGUCAAGCAGUUGGAUGUUAACAACCUCCUGAUUGGACCGGAAAUUCUCUCGCUAGCUGAGGCAGAUGUACCCCCAGAGGAUCUUGUCUUCCAUAAAUUCUAUACAAAUAAAAAGAGUUCAUCUUCAAAACCAAAGAAAAAGAAAAAGAAAACAGCCAACGAAGAGGAUGCUGAAGAUUAUUUUGAUGUUGGUGACGAUGAUGUUGAUGGUGGUGAUGAGAGUGAUAAUGAAGAGAUUGAAGAUCUCUUGGAUUCUGCUGAUCCAUCUUUAGGACCAGAUGGUGACUUUGAUUAUGAUGAUUUGGAUAAAGUAGCCAAUGAGGAUGAUGAUGACUUAAUUGGUGAUGUUAGUGAUGGAGAGAUAGAUAUAGAUAUUCCCUCAGACAUGGAAGAGGAUGAUGCUGAUGAUGGAAGUGAUGAUAACAAUGAUCUUCAAAUAGGUGAUAUCGAUGAUGAUGAUGAUGAAGAGAAUGUUGUUGAAGAUCAAGUUGACAAGAGAAAAAGGAAACAUAAAGUUGGUGGUAAAAGUGGCGCCUCUCCAUUUGCAAGUUAUGAAGAGUUUGAGCAUAUAAUGGAAGACGAUCCCUCCGAGGAUAAAAAGAAAUCCAAGAAGAGAAAAAAGAAGGAAGAUGAUGAUCCUACUGAGAAAAAACCUUCAAAGGAUAAAAUCAAAUCCAAGAAAAGAAAAAAGAAGUCUGGUAAAUGA